AUAUAUAUUUCCUUCUUUAUUUAUUUAUACCCCUUCUUUUUCAUCAUCAAAAAUCUAUCUUUUGCUGUGUUUUUUUCCCUGGUUUGAAGCUGAAUUAUCUUCAACUCUUUCACGGAGCUAGAACCCAUAGCUUAUCGAGAUUGUUCUUUUUCCAUAUAUAAUUUAUAUUUGUCGAAGUGAAAAGUUUUUGAUGAUGGCUCAAAAGCUCUUGCACGAGUUGCUGGAAGAAGAUCAAGAGCCAUUUAUUCUCAAGAAUUACAUUGCCGAUAGGCGUUGUCAACUCAAGAAACCAUCGCCUAAAACUCAUCUCCAAAUCAACAAACGAAAACUCAUCUCUCCAAACUCAAACUUUCCUUCGAAUUUCUGCAAAAAAGCUUGUUUUUUAUCGACCCAUGAUUCCCCUGACUUAAAAAAAUCCCCUUUGUUUGAACCCAAAAGACCCAACACCAUAUUUCUCCUUGAUGCCGCUCUUAGAAUUCAACAGCAAUCUUCAUCAAAAACCAAAUCCCGAAACAAAAGCAGCAAUGGCACUGGCUUUGGGUUAUUUGGUUCCAUUCUGAAGAAGCUAACUCAUAGGAACAAAAUCCCAGAGCGUGAAACAGUUAACAGUGGAUCAAAAGUUUCAGUCAAGGACAUUUUGAGGUGGGAUUCAACUCUGGGGAAAAUUAAUGGAAUAAGUGAAGAGAAAAAUGAAGAAAAAUCCAUGGAUUCUGAAGAGAUAUCAAUGUCCAAUGGAGUUUUAGAAUAUAACUCAGCUUUUGAUUCUUUUGAUAAGCACUUUUCUCAAAGCCCUUUCCAUUUCGUGCUUCAAACAACCCCAUCUCCAAGCCGCCGUGAAAGAGAGGAGAAAGAAAAUUACGAAAGCUUGAAAAGGUUGAAACUUGAAGAAGAAGAAGAACAGUGCAGCCCUGUUUCUGUUUUGGAUUGUCCAUUCGAGGAUGAUGAUAGGCAUGUGGAUGCUGACGAUGAUGAGGACGAUGACGGUGAUAAUGGGAUGGACCGUUUCGAUCUUGAAUGCACCUAUGCAAUAGUACAAAGAGCUAAGCAGCAGUUCCUGCAAAAACUUUGUAGAUUCGAGAAACUGGCUGAAUUGGAUCCGAUCGAGCUCGAGAAAAGAAUUUUAGGGCAAGAGCGACAUGAUGAUGAUGAUGCCGAGUCAUCUUCAUCAGAAAGCGAAAUGAAAAUUGAUGACUAUAAUCUAAAACAUAUCCCAGAUUGCAUGAAAAGGCUAGUAUCCGAUCUCAUUGCCGAGGAAGAGACGGCGAAAUGUAAUGGUUCCACCGAUAAACUAGCGGCAAUGGAAAGGGUAUGCAAAAGGCUGGAUUCAUGGAAAGAUGUACAGUCAAACACCAUUGACAUGAUGGUGGAACAAGAUUUCAGAAGAGAUCAGAUUGAGGGUUGGAAAGGAAAUGAAGAACAGAUCCGAGAGACGGCAAUCGAAGUCGAACUCGCCAUCUUCGGAUUACUGAUGCAAGAGUUGAGUGACGAACUAGUUUUUUUAACUGGGGUUUGAAUUUGAUGGCUAAUUAUUUUGAAGCUAAGGUGAUUUUCCUUUUUGAAAAAUCAUGUGCUAAUUAGAGUCUAGAGAGAAGCACAACCACAGCCUGACAUGCUGUCGGGAUAAUAGCAGAAUAUUUAUGUAUAUGCAAUAAUAUCCAUGUAUUUAGCAUUGAUCAUGGCCUCAAUGGGAUAAUAUGCACAAUAUCUAGCUCUUAAUACAA